AUGUUCAGAUUAAACAAGUUAAUUAAAAGCUUUGGUAGUAUUUAAAAUUUCACAAAUUGGGAGAAAGAUGUUGUAAAAGCUAGCACACCAAUCCUUGUUGAUUUUUAUGCAACGUAAUUUAUUUUUUUAAUGAUUAAGAUGGUGUGGACCAUGCAAAAGAUUGACUCCAAUAUUAGAAUAAAAAGUAAAAGAACAUCCAAAUGUAACUUUAAUUAAAAUUGAUAUUGAUCAACAUGAAUAAUUAGCAAAUUAAAAUAACAUUGAAGUAGUACCAACUGUUAUGUUAUUUUAAAAUGGAAAGAAAGUAAAUAAUUUUACAGGAAUGUUGCCACCAGAUUAAUUAAAUAAAUUCUUUGAGCAAAUUCCAAAAUAAUGAA